CAACCUUUGAGACGCGCCGCGAGUAUGUCAGACAUCCAGCAGUAUCUGUUGGGCUAUGACCGCAAUAAGAAGGAAGCCAGUGCUACAGCGCAGCACAGCGCGAACCGACUGCAGAGCGGCCAAUUGAAGCUUCUGAGGCUUGUGGGGGACCUUGGAGACUAUUUCAACAGCGAAGAUGGCGCCAUACGAUCGAAGACGAUCUCCUAUCUCGCCGAAGUCCUGGCCGCGACGCCCCAGAAAGUGCUGUCCCUUCAGCAGCGCAACCUCCUCUGCGACUUUGUAUUGUCCAGGACAGAAGAUAGUGAGGGCCUCGGAUCAUGUGCGAAGGCGCUGCUGGCGCUGGAAGAGCUGGGUAAGUGGGACGAUGGCAGGGUUGUGAGCAUUGUGGAAGCUCUGCUCAGCAACACACACCCUCUGCGCCAGUACAAGCAGCAGACCGAACGAUACCCGGUACUUCGACUGAUCGAUACGCUCAUGGCUAAGUACCGCGAGGCUUUGCGAGCACACCAUACAGAGACAGGCGACUUCUUGCCGCGCUUCAUAUCGUACUUCGAUGGCGAGAAGGACCCGCGCAACCUGAUGGUCGUCUUCUCUAUCCUCAGGGUGCCUAUGACUGAGUGGAACAUUGGUGCAGACGCCCAGGAGCUCUUCGAUGCCGUCUUCAACUAUUUCCCUAUCACGUUCCGACCGCCGCCUGAUGACCCGUACGGCAUCACCGCGCAAGAUCUCAAGGACCGCCUAAGAGACUGCAUAUCCUCGACACCGGACUUUGCGCCCUACGCUUUCCCUGCUUUGUUAGAUAAGCUCGACUCGACGUCAAUGAACACAAAGCGUGACGUGCUUCAGACCAUCACUGCUUCGGUCAAUGAAUACGGACCUCGAACGAUCUCGCUCUACUCUAUUACCCUGUGGGAUGCCUUGAAGUUCGAAAUCUUGAACGUGCAAGAGGAGGACAUAGCCGAAGAGACUUUGAAUGGUUUAGCUGCGAUUGCACGAACUUUGUCGCAGGGAGCCAGUGGACCGCUCAACGCUUACCUCCGGCCCAUCAUCAAAGAAUGUAACGAACAUCUCGAGGACGCACCCACAAAACAGUCGCAAGCGUCUGCACGCAUAUUGCACAAGAUUGCGCAAGUGUCUGCUGAGGUAACCAACAUCCUAUUAGCAGGUGUGCUACCGACUCUGUUUCUGCUGUUCCAGAAUGCAGACACCAUGGCGAAACGAAGAGGGCUACUUGAAGUUCUGAUCCAACUGGUACGCGCCAACGUUGCUAUAUAUGGCGACUGGCGGGCGCCAGGUGCUGCGGGAGACCAAGUAGGUGCCAAUGCUUUAAAAGAGUUCAGAGGACAAUCACUGGAGGUCCUCCUCCACGGUCUGGAGUCGGCGCCAGCUAAAGAGGUCUCCUUCCGGUUAGUGUGCCUGGAUGGACUACUACAACUGUCAAAAGCACGACAACUCCUAAGCGACGAUGACGUUGGUAAGACGAUAGAAGUCUUGCAGAAUGUCAUCAUUCACGAGUACUCGUAUGGCAAAGACGAAUUAAAAGAAGCUGCCGUCAAUGGUAUCGUGGACAUCGCACACCAGAAGCCUCAAGUCGUGGUUGACAAAGCGUUCCCUGCCUUCUUAGCGCAGCUGCCGGACAGCGACGCUGAUGGUUCCAGAAGCUAUUCAUCGGUACUGGAGGCAUUUGCAAAGCUUGCCAGCGAGGAAAAGAUCUUUGACACGGUCCUGCUACGAUUGAAGAACAAAUUUGGUACAGCAGUGCAACAAGGGUCUUCAUCAACCUACCUUGUUGCCCUACUAUCAGCAAUGCUUUAUGCUCUCAACAAGGGUGAGGCUAAGCUCUCGCAAAGCCCUGAAACUUCGACAUAUUACCAUGACAUCGCACUACCAUUACUACAGCGAGCAUCAAGCUCCGAUUCAUCACACCCGUCCGCUUUCAAUGACGAAAGCACACUUGAUCUAGUCGGACGGAUAUGCGGUCUCAUCAUUAGGUCGCAAACCGCAGAGUCGCAAAACGCGAUAUCCGCAGAACUAUACACCCUCUUCCGUGGCACACCGCAAUCAGACCUGCCUCCCUUCAAUCUCAAUGCUGCACCAGAAACGGACAAAACCAUGGUGAUCAGCACUCACCUCUUGGCCUCGGUCAGAAAAGAGACUGCUCUCCCUUGUGAGCUGCAACUUCUCACCACAUUACUGGCCGAGUACGCACAACAACCGCGCCUUUCAAUUCCUGUUCGAUCAGCAUCCUUACGCCAGCUCUCUCUGAUCAUCAACAAGUACUACUCUGCGUCUGGCCUCAAGACAUGUAUGGAGCCUUUAAUUUCCAAGUUCGACCUCUUCAGCAGCGAGAAGCUUGACACGCAACGGAUACGAGUUAUCUUCGCCUGCUUGAAAGGUAUCGUCCUAAGGAGCAGCCCGGUACUUAACACGUUAUACCCUACGGUGCUCUCACUACUUUCACAUCCACAGCACGGCAGUACAGUCGCGCAUGGCUUCACGACGCUUUUGCAGCCGGAUGACUUGUUGACAAAACAAAAUCACUGCCAGAUUUCGGGCUUACACAAGCAGAAGAGCUUUGCGCUGCUGGUUCCCAACAUCACACAAUCUUUCCGCGAGGCAUCGGCUGAGACGAAACCAAACUACCUCAUCGCACUGAGCGGUGUUCUCAGGUGGAUGCCUUUUGACAUUGUCGUUGAAGAGGCCGACCAGCUCGUCACUCUGCUCUUGCAGUCACUGGAUCUGAAGGGCAUUGACAUCGUCAAGGAGGCCACAAUCGGGACACUUGCAUCGACGCUCGUCGAGAAACCGAAGAUCCUCGAGGAGUACAGUGGCAGCUUGAUCUCACGUCUCCUUGCCAAUGCCACAGUGAGCAGGGACUCACCUUCGCCAGCCAGGGUGCGCGUAGCAGCGCUACGGUGCCUUACACUGGUGCCGGAGAAGUUCAGGCAAGAGACUGUUCUGCCGUACCGGAGACAGGUGGUCAAGAAGCUGACAAUUGCAUUGGAUGACAAGAAGAGAGAAGUCAGGAGUGCAGCGGUCAAGUGCCGCGCCAAAUGGUUGGAGAUUGACGAGGCUGGCGAUGAUGAUUAGAUGACACGCAAUAUAACGACUGGCUGGAAAGCUGAACAGAUAGAUUCAAAGAU